UUCCAGCAGCCACAAGGAAUGCUGCUGCUCAGGUGCCAUCUGAAAUGAGCUCCUCCUCAGAAGGUUUCAUGUGGCUUCCAUGCCACAAUGGGGAAACUGCAAAGCAAAAUCAAACACAGCACUUACAAAUACAGCAGGCCCGACGGAAUUGUAGAAGAGAAAAUGUCAACUAAAGCCUGUCCAGAGUAUAGCCCAGCUCAUACGGAUACUGUCUCUGUUGUUGCCCCUCUGAACUCGGACCUGUGCAUCUCCGGAGGGAAAGAUAAGACAGUUGUGGCCUAUAAUUGGAGAAUUGGAAAUGUGGUGAAAAGGUUCAGAGGACAUGAUCGUGAAAUCACCAAGAUAGCCUGUAUUCACAAAUCAAACCAGUUAUUCAGUGCCUCUCGCGACAGGAUGGUCAUGAUGUGGGACUUGCAUGGUUCCUCACAACCAAGGAAGCAGUUCUGUGGCCACGCCAUGGUGGUCACCGGAUCGGCUGUGAGUCCAGACUCAUCACAGCUGUGCACUGGCUCUCAGGACAACACCAUGCUUCUGUGGGAUGUGGGGACUGGACAGCGUGUGGAGAGAGCUUCAGUCUCCACGAAUCUGGUCACUCACCUGUGCUGGGUCCCCAGAGAACCAUAUAUACUACAGACAUCUGAAGAUAAAACCAUCAGAUUAUGGGACAGUCGGGGACUGCAGGUAGCUCAUAUGUUUUCCACAAAACAGCACAUUCAGACCUACUGCGAGGUCAGUGAGGAUGGACACAAAUGUAUCUCCUGCAGCGACGGCUUUGAAGGGGAAGGCUGUGAAGCCAUAUUGUGGGACCUAAGGCAGACACGGAACAGAAUAUGUGAGUAUACAGGACAUUUCCAGACUGUUGCAUCCUGUGUCUUCCUACCAAGAGCAUUGGCCUUGACACUUUUCAUUGCUACCUCAUCACAUGACUGCAAAGUGAAAAUUUGGAACCAAGAUACUGGAGCCUGCCUUUUCACCUUGCCUUUGGAUGGAUCAGGACCUUUGACUUCCCUGGCUGUUGGUGACACCAUCCCCUUAUUGUGUGCGAGUUUCAGCAGAGGGAUUCACUUACUCCGAGUGGACCGCAGCCGAGGGCUGGAACUGCGAGAAGUGGCAGCAUUCUGAGGCCAAGAGACAUUGACCGGACAAUAUCAAACUGUGGCCCCUCCUUUGUCAGCGUGGCUUUGUUAUUCCAUGUUAUCUUGUGGCGAGGGUGAUAUGGGACUGGUAUUCUUUGCUUAGAUUCACUUAGAAGGUUUAGCAGUGUUAGAAAUCAAUUUAAGUCCUGUGGUUCAAAUUCAGGUGUGGAGUUUAGGAACAUGGACUAAACAUAAGGUUCUCAAUCUAAGUUAAAUACAAAUGAAAUUUUUAGUGAGCUUUUGGGACUCCUUUUCAAGAAAAAGUUUAUGGCUCAGAGUGAUGACCCAUAGGUAAAGGAGUGAUAGGCCUUUCUGUGAGAGUCAGAGCAAAGGGCUUGAGUGUACUGAACUGAUCUAUUCCAUGUCUCCAGAAAAGAAAAAAGUACAUGGGGAGAGAACCUCUGUUCUGGUUCAGAGUUGCCUAGAUGGGAAAGCAUAAUGUGGCUCUGUCGAGGAAGUGGACAGUAGACAUGAGAUGAAGCUGCAGUCACUAAUCCUCAGCAAUGUGAAGAAUCAGGGCAAGGAGAACAAAAGCCUUGGCUUCAACUCAAAGCAGUAGCAGAGUGGAAGGUGGCAUAUCCCUGCCUGCUCGUGGUCGCUUCCUUGACCAGUGCUGACGCUGCAUGAAAAUAAGACUUGAGAUGACUUUAAAAAGCUAAUAACCACAGGCCCUUGCCCAGAAUUAUAGGAGUUAUCAAAUCUGUGCUGUGGAUAAGAAAAUGGAGAGGUUCCAAGAUUA